ACGUGCUAUAAUAAAAUGUUAAAUUUGAAUGAAUACUAUAAUAAAAUGUUAAAAGACAAAAAGAUCACAUUUAUGGUAUGUGCCUGUCGCUUUUCUCUACGAAUAAGAACAGACAUCCUCUGUUAUCAUUGAUGUCAAUAAGCGGGAAUCGUUGAAUCCACCUCGAUUUUAUCUCUGCAGGUAUCCACUAAUCUUAUCCCUAAUCAUUAUAUUCUGUAUCAUACACUCUUGAAAAAGGUAAAAAAGAUUCCUUGUCAUUUAUAUUCAAAUAAAAACAAAGACCGAGCGCAAGUCCAAAUUCUUCAUCAGUUUCACCGUUAAAUUUACAAUCAGGUUUGACGUGAAAUAACGAUGUGUACGACUACGGCUUCGUCUGUCCCCGAUGCGGACGCCAAGGAAGAUAUCGAAAAUAUUGAUGCAGAUGUGAAGAAAAAAUACCAACAAACAGCGAAACAUGAUCUUUAUCCGUUCGUAAGUGAACGAACAAAAUACAUAACGUACUGAUACAUUGUUCUCACUAUUAUAAAUCGUUAUGUUUCCUCAGAAAUUACGGUGGUCUUUCGGGAUUAAUCCGGGAGUGCCGAUGAUAAAUCUCACUACGGACAAUCGCACGUUAUUAGCAUACGCCUGCUCACAUGUGGUCAUGAUGUAUGAUUACAGCUCUAAGACAGUAUCGCCGCUUCAAGGCCACGUCGGUAUACGUAUAGUUUUGCGGCGAAAUGUGUUAUUUCCGCGCCGUUUUUUGUCGGUAUUAAUGAAAGAGGUUUUUGCUUUGUUAUUUAGCAAAAUGCACCGACUUCGAGGACAAUUGCGUGGUGACUCGGCUGAUGUAUUGUUCCGAUUUGAAAUAUUUAAUGCAAUCGUUGAAAUACGCAGAGUUCCCGUUUGCACUCUAUUUAAGCCGCACGGCAGCGAAGGCAUGACGGCUGCUCGUAUCAGUCCGAACGCCAAGUACAUCGUCACCGUCGGCAGCGAAAAGUGCCAGAAUGUGUAUUUCUGGUUGUGGACUUACAGCAAGGAUCAACCAAACGCGUCGGUCUCGUUGAUUGAUACAAUGUCCGAACGCGUCAAGGAAGUAACUUUUAACGACGAAUAUCCGGAACAAUUUGCAUUGACGACCGAUUAUCACGUUCUGUUCCUAACUUGGGACGGUGAUGCUUUGAGCUACGAUUGCCCGAAAAUUGCGACAAAACUUCAACGUAUUGGAAUCUUUAAUGGGUCUUGCUAUGUUUCGAAGAUACAGCAAGUAUUCACAGCGACUGCAAACGGAUGUAUUUUAGUGUGGGGCAAUGUCUCUCCCGAGGAAGAACGCGAGGCUAAUAAUUCUAAUUAUAGAAAGAAGAAAAAAAAGAAACAUAUCAAGACUGUUAAUUUACAGAAAUGCAAUAUCACUGUUAUUAUCGAUAACCAGAGCAUGCUCGUUACGGGGAAUUCGGACGGUCGUGUCGCUUUCUACGAUUAUCAAUUGAAACUUUUGUAUUGGUACGAAAAUUGCGAUCUCGACUCUAUUCGAUGGAUAAGCUUCGAUCUUCGAUCCGAUUUGCAAGUUUCAAUACCUGCAAAGUCUAAUCAUUUACCGACGGAUGCUACUCUACAAUGCUCGCCGUUUAAUGUCCGAAAAUUCCUUGCAUGUAAAACAAUUAUUUUGCAAUGUUCUUUUAUGGGAGUAAUUGUAUCGAUAGACAUUUUUAAGCAAAAGUGUCAUCCUGUGUUGCGUCAUUCGGUUGUGGCCGCAACCAGCUUGGAUACUCAUCCAGAAAAAACCUUCAACUAUAGCAAUUACGUCAUUGUGGGGGACGCAGAGGGCACUGUGUACUUGUACAAUCAUGAAAAACUCGUCCUGACGACGUUCAGAAGUACUUUAGACCUUCAAUCGAUUCUCGAGAAACAGAUAAUGAGUGAAAACAUUGCUUAUGUUACCUGCCCGCAAAAUGAUGAAUCUCUGAAAGCCGUUACAGCUCUUAAAUUCUCACCAAGAUGCGAUAUGUUGGUAUGCGGUUUGGAAAACGGGUCACUUUGGGUUCUGCAUCAUAUUACCCUGGAUCUAUUGAAUGAAAUAUCGUACAAACAUUCUGCGGCGGCUAUUAAUAAAAUCACCUUCACGCAGUGUGCCGAAUAUAUGGCUUACGCUGACAAUGCGCAGACAGUAGUGGUAUUUAAGAGAAAUAAUAUCUUCUCCUCAGACGAUCAUGGUACAUGGAACUUGAUAGGAAAAUAUCACUCACAUUAUUUAUCCAUUAGGGAUAUACUUUUUAGUCCAGUCCAUGUGUCUGAUUAUAAAGUGCCUCGGUUUUUUUCCUUGGGAGAGGAUCAAGAACUUGUCGAAUAUGAUCUCGAACACAGCGGACCAUAUCCAGAACCAGGACUUAAAAUUUUGCACAUCGAGCGAAUCGAACAUUCUGCUACUCCUCUUUGUUUAGCGUGGUAUCCCAAGUGUGGCAAUGAAAACUUCCUUAUGAUCUCAAACUCUGAGUAUAAGUACAAGAUCUUCGAUGACGUUACUAAAAUGAUUCGUGGUACUUACUUAGGGCCAACAAUAGGAAAACCAGUACAACGUUUUCAAGUCGUAACAGACAAACUAGUGGACGAUAAAGGCUACAUGGUAUUUGCGACCGAUAAGGAAAUCGGUCUUCAGCUUCUACCUUUGGACGGCAAUCCUUAUAAGAUUCACAGUAUGACCGGUCAUUCGCAAAAAAUAGUGGAUAUUUCCGUCAGUAGCAAUAAGGAAAUCAUGUUUACCAUAGGCCAUAACGAUUCGUGUGUCUUAAUGUGGGAAAUCAAUCUCAAAUCUAUUAACACAAUGGCGCAAUUAGGCGGACGAGGAAUCUCGCCUUUCUAUUGCCUCAUUGAAGGUGGGAAAAAAGGUUGGCUGAUGAGUGAGAUGAAAGAUUUGUUUUAUUAUGCUCAGAUAUUGCAUCAAGGAGAAAAUACAACCGUUGCUAGAGUUAUUACUGAUACUGUGACCGUCGAGAAGAUUCCAAAUCUUAUGCGAGCUAUCGGAUAUUAUCCCAGCAACAAAGAGAUAGAGAACAUUAUGAAAGAAAUAUGCUACAAAUAUUACGCUGAAACCGGUAAACUCCAUGAAGCAGUCACGUUUGAGGAAUUUGUACGACUCUAUGUGAAUCAUCGACCAGCAUUCGGACUCACCAUAGACCAUAUGAAGGAGAUUUUUUCUACUUUCACAGAAGAGGAUUCCGUCAACGUAGAGGAAUCUUCUUUAACACGAGAGCAAUUUGUAGAUAUAUUAUUUGGUAGAAUAACAUCGAAAGUUUCUUUUGAAGAUCAGAAACUUGUCGGUGAACCGUUGUCUUUCCAAGAAGCAUAUACAUAUCUCAAACUACUUGCGUCAUUCAAUGACAAAAUAACCGAAAUUGACCCACUGAGUUCGUUGCGGAGAUCUACGUUAUUCGACUUUAAUUUUCUUCCAUCGAGAAUAUCUUACAAAGAUUUCAUGGACAUCAUGGGUGUUGAAUUGCCAGAGGGAGGAAACUAUAGGGCUGACAAUUGAGGAAUCAGCGUGACAGUUACUUUGUAGUAUCGGUACUCUAAGAGGCGUCGUUUAUAGCUGUGUCGUACCGUUGUAACGAG